AGCAAAAAUUAUGGAAAUGGAACAGCGGCAGACGUUUACGGAUGGUCGAUUGGUUCAUCCCGAGGAGUUGAAACAUUUGAUACCGGAAUUUUCUGACGGCCUCGGUAUCAAUAAGUGGAUCAAUACGAUUCGCUACAAUAGCGAAUUAUAUGGAUGGCAGGAUCGCACGAUGCUUUUAUAUGCAGGCAGUCGGUUGACUGGAGCAGCAAGCGAAUGGUACAAUGGCUUCCGUAACACUUUGAAGACAUUCGACGAAUUCGCUGACACAAUUAAAAAGGCUUUUCCUGAUCGCUGUAACGAAGCCGUUAUUCAUAGCCAAUUAGCAUCGGUCUACAAGAAAAUUUCUGAGUCGUACACAAGCUAUGUAUACCGAGUAAAUGCGCUGGGAAUGUCAGGCCACGUGAGUGAGGAGGCUAUCAUAACUUAUGUCAUCAGAGGACUUUCUCGUGACCCUCUCUAUGAUAGCCUUGUGACCAAGGAUUACCGCGAUAUUUACGACCUGAUUGACAACAUUAAGCGAUAUGAAUCCCAUCUUCUGUUGCGCAAAAACCCAGAACGCCGCAGCCCAUCUCACAUCAACACCAUUUCCCCGAGACCGAUUCCACCAAGACAAACGACGACAGAACCUCUUCGAUGUUAUAACUGCUCGAAUCAUGGACAUCAUUCAUCGCAAUGCACACAACCUCGCCGAGCUCCGGGUUCCUGUUUCCGAUGUGGUAGCACAUCACAUGUCAUUCGCAACUGUCCUGUCCCAGAUAGACGUCAACUAACGGUUGCUGCGGUACAGGGCAACGACAAUGAAACAGCGCAUCUAGAUUCUGGGGAAAAUGGAAACUUCGUUCAACUUGAGGCCUAUCAGGAGCUCUAAAAGCUUCAUAAAUGAAGCCAUUGUUCCGGUUACAAAACUAAGCGCUCCCCAACCAAGUGGAUUUCGAGGAAUAGGAAAUGUGAAUUUACAAACUCUUGGAACAGUACAGCUAAAACUUAGUUUUCGUAAUCAAACAUUCAUUCACAAUUUCUAUAUUUUACCAAAAAGCUACAUGUCCCUAUCCAUGAUAGUAGGGAGAGAUUUGUUAUCAGAAUUUAACAUCACACUCGCUCAAUUCCGUAAACAUUACAGCAAACUUAUGCUGAUGAAUUUAAAUAAAGAUAAAAUUCUGAACUUAAAAAAACCGGGU